UCCAGGCACUUCUCAAAUACAACUACUCUUAUGAUUUCAGGCACUGCUCAAAUAUCUAUUGCUCUUGAAUAGGGAUAAUAUAUCUUGGCAUGUUACAGUUUUAAUACUCAAAAUUUCAUAUCAGGUUUUAUGGAACACAAUUUAAACAAAUAGUCUUUCUUUUGGGACUGAAAAAAUAUGUUGAGAUUAACUGGUACACAAUUAAAGGACUAGGGGGUGUUUUGUUUUGUUUUGUUUUGUUGUAGGGAGGAGAGGUUGUUUGAUUUUAAAAAGACAAAAUAUAUAUAAUAUAUUAUAUAAUGCCUACUGUGUUUUUAUAUUUUUUAAAUACUUUUUUUUAUGCAUGCAGAGAGGCUCUGUCAUAUAGAUGCAUCUAAGGUGUAAAAAAUGUCGUAUAUUUGUAUUUAAGUGUCAUAUGGCAUUUUAUUUUGAAGGUAUGAUUUUAAGGACACCUCUAAAAUCACCCUUGUUGACGUCCAGUUACUGGCUGCCAUGGGGCCUCCAGGGGGUGGGAGGAAUCCUGUCAGCCCUAGGUUCCUGCGACACUUCAACAUUUGCACCAUCAACUCUUUCGGUGAUGAAACAAUGAUCCGCAUCUUCUCUACUGUAGUAGCCCUUUACCUAAGAGUUAAUGACUUUGCUUCUGACCUCUCCACGGCUGGAAAUCAAAUUGUCACUGCCACUUUAGAGGUAACAGAAGAAGACAUGAGAAGUUUGUGUUUUGGUGACUACAUGAUUCCAGAACUUAAGGGAGAUGAAAGGCUUUAUGCUGAGGUUCCAAGCAUUGAGGAGUUCAGUGAUGUCGUGGAGCAGUGUCUGGAUGAAUAUAAUCAAACCCAGAAAACAAGAAUGAACCUUGUUGUUUUCAGGUGUUUAUGAUCUGUUUUUUUAAGAGCUUUAAGCAGUAGUUGAUAAUUCAGUAUAUUCAAUUUUGUGGACUCUGGUUUUUGGUGUGUUUCCUCCCCUUUAUGCAUCCUUAAAAGUGUUUUGUUACACCUUUUUGCAUGGAAGUAAACCAAUUUUUCUCUUAUGCUUCUCCUUUUUCUAUCUGAGAGUAAAAAAUGAGAAGCUUUUCUCCUAAGGCUCUUUGAAUAUUUUCCUGAGUUGUUACAGAAACAUUGUGUACUGAAUCAAGUAGGUGCUGUACUUCUCCUAGGCCUCUGUCACCAGUGAAGAUGGAUGUCACUGGACGUUCAUUCCCCAAGGACAAGCAUCCCAAGAGGGAGAUGUUCACAAUCAUAGCUGUCUGUCUGCUUUGUUGUUAUGCAGCACAGCCAUGCACUCAGCUGGUGCUGCAGCUAGUUCUGCGAAAUUUUAGACUCUGGAGGCCAUUAUUGUUACCUUAACUAGUGAUCAUGCAGAGCUACAACUGAGAGAGAUUAAGAGGUCAGAAUCCUUUCUCCUCCCUGUUACUAGAGAUUACCACCUCUUCCUAUUUGCCAGGGUAACUUGACAUGUAGAUACUUGGUGAAGGUGAUUUGGGUUCCUUUAGUGAUGAAGGUGAUUAGGGUUACUUUAAACAGUUCUAAUAACAGCUUCUUUUAGUCUAGGUCAUUUGCCAAGCUGUAUUUCUGAGUGCCUGUAUAUACAACUAGGCUCUCAGUUGGAAGAGCUGGCAGCCUCUGAUCAGAGGCCACUGGCUGUAGAAGCAAUAUUCCAGUGACAUCACUGAACAGCAACCAGGAGAGCAUGUUUGACUGUAGCCUUAGAGUUCAAUCUCAUGGAUAACAUCUGAAUUUGUUUAUUUUUCUAACCAGUAAAAAUAAACUAGAAUUUAUCUUUCUUGAAAUGUUUGAAAGUUUUUUUGAGACUACUUUUAAACUUGCUUUAA